ACCGUCUGGUGCUGCCAUCUACUAAUCUAUUGUGAAAUUACGAAUGCUGGUGAGUUGCGUGUAUAUUGAGGAUGUGACAAAUCGUGAAAAUGGGGAGUUUUGAUAAUUUUCUUUUCAUAUUUCUCUAUAUUUUGGAUAAACUUGCCUCCACAGAUGGACAUAAUUGUUUCCACCGAUUACCUAAGCCACAUGAGGUGCUUCACAAUGUCCACAUAGAGCCAUCUCACAUCCUGAGGAAGCGCAGUAUAUCGCAGAAUCUAAGAAUACAUCUUGUCUAUGAUAAAAGUUUACAAGAUCUCUCCAAAGAAAAGUUCAAAUUUAUAAAGGAAGAAAUUAUGCCAGAGGCUGUUUUGUUUUGGGAAAAAACUCUUCAAGUGAGACAGACUGUUCAACCAUUAAAAUUAGUUAGACAAUGUGAAACCAGCUACAUUCGCUACAAAAAUGAUGACCCGUACCAUUACUGCAGUGAUGGAUGUUCUCCUAUGACAAUGUGUGGGGAGAUCAGGGUGCCGGAAGAUCAUUUAGAUGUCUGUCGGAUGUGUUCUCCUCCGCCAUCUGGUUCAUGCUAUACAAAUGGUACAUCUGGACCAGGCGUGCGCAAUGCUGACUUCAUAUUGUAUGUCUCUACAAAAACAACCAAGAGAUGUGGAUACGGUACCACGGUCGCUUAUGCUGCUUACUGCCAAUUGGAAGGUGCUCUUGAUAGACCAGUAGCUGGUUAUGUGAAUAUUUGCCCAAAUUCUAUAUCGACAAAGUUUCAUGAUCUCACCCAGAUAGCUGCCACAAUCAAACACGAGAUACUCCACGCUUUGGGUUUCUCUGCAGGACUGUACGCAUUCUUUCGAGACAAAGAUGGCAAACCACUCACACCCAGAUUGGGAUCUAGCGGAAAACCAUUGUACAACAAAACGUUGUCUUUGUACCAAUGGGGUGAAAAUAUUAUCAAGCUGGUUAGAAGAAAGGAUUGGCUUGUGCGAGGGGGCACAGUGGAUAAAUAUGUUCAUAUGGUGGUUACACCAAAAGUAGUGGAAGAAGUCCGUAAUCAUUUCAAUUGCUCAACAUUAGAAGGCGCUGAGCUAGAAGAUCAGGGAAUUGUGGGAACAGCGUUGACUCACUGGGAAAAGAGGGUUUUUGAGAAUGAAGCAAUGACGGGAACUUACACACAGAAUCCGUCAAUAUCUCGGAUCACAUUGGCUUUAAUGGAGGACAGCGGGUGGUAUAAACCCAAUUACGAUUCUGCAGAACCGUUGUCUUGGGGGCGAAAUCUCGGCUGUGGGUUUGUGAAUAAUAGCUGUCUUUACUGGAUGGAGAAACAUAAACAUACUGAGCGAUCAAUUCAUCCGUACUGCCAGCAAAUUAAGUAUAACGAUGGUCUCAAGACAGAAUGUACUGAUACCAGGGAGGCCGUAGCAUUAUGUAACCUGAUAGAGUUUGAUAAGGAUUUAGAACCUCAGUAUCAGUAUUUUUCAAGUCUUCCCGAUGUAUCCGACGUUUUAGCUGGAAGAUAUGGUGGCUCAGUGGAGUUGGCUGAUUACUGCCCAUACAUACAGGAGUUUAGCUGGAAGAGAGGUGACGUUGUCAUCAGAGCUUCAAAGUGUAUGGAGAACGAGAAUUCACCUGACAAAUACUCAAACUAUGCAUUAGAGAGCUAUGGUAAUAAUUCAGUUUGUAUACAGCAGUCGGCACCAUGGGUCCUCAUGAAGUGUGAUAGGACGCAUAAAGUGCAGCAUUGGGGGAGUGGCUGUUACAUGCAUUCGUGCAGUGAUAAAGGCCUCUCUCUUAUCGUUGAGGGUCGGGAGUACCCUUGUUAUAAAGAAGGUCAGGUGCUACAAAUCAAGGCCAUCAGCAUGGGAUAUCUUCACAGCGGAGAAAUAAUAUGCCCCAGUUGUCAGGAAAUUUGCAAGGGAGAUGGCAUGGAGUGUCCAAAAGAACAAGAUCCACCGCUGACAAGAACAGAUAUCGUAGAGCCAGCAAUUCCAUGUGCUAGUACACAGAGCCACCUAGUGGCAUCUUUAUUAGUUAUAAUGUUAAUAGCAGCCGUUGCUUUGUCUUGAGACUGUGAUCCCUGUUAGGUCAUCUUGUUGUGUUUCUAUCACUGCCACUAGGGGGCAUUAAAAGGAUUUGCAGGGUUUAAUCCAGAUGAGAGACAUUUUGUCAUAGUUAGGAAAAAAUUACAGUCGGUCCAACACGUUCAAAUUAAAGGGAACUGGAACCGCCGAGCGAUUUUUUCAACUUUUCGACUUUCACCGCCCUGUUCGAGUUCAGAUUUGUAGCUCCGCCCCCCAGUGCCCGAGCAUGCGCAGUUCAAGGAAAACACUGAAUGUGAAAUGUGAUUGGUGACAACAACAACAGGAAUGUUAAGUAAAUCCAGCCCACCGAAGACUAAAUAUCUGGUGCCAUAGAUAAGGAAUCUGUGAAUUGUUUGAACACCCAUUAAAAGUAAAUUUGAAACUUUUUACUUGAAUAAUCUUUAUUCUGACUUGCAACUUUUACAUGUUUUAUGAUAUACGUUUUUAAAGGAAAGUUUUUUUGAGAAGUUUUAUGUUCUUGUCUGACCAUUAAAGAGUUCGAUCAGUGGGUUCAAUCAUGAUUCAAUAUGUUACCCCUAGCUUUGAAAGCUUUAUUAUCCAUUUGUGUUUCAUUAUCCAUUUUUGUAUUUCUGUAUAUUUCUGAUUACUGGUCUAUUGCAGUGUGAUGUUGGUAUUUCAGUGGACCCUCACUCGGUAGACACCCUCUCUAUCACUGACUGAUACUUGGCCAGGCCAGACGUUCCUUGACACCUUCACUCCUUUUUGAACGCUGUGCACAUGCACAUCUUCCUGUAUACACUUGAUACUACAAAUAAAUCCUUAAACAAUCUGAAAUGCUAUAUAAAGGCAGGGUUUGAAUUUGAAAAAAAUAUAUUCUCAAGAGAUGAUGUCAGUUUUUUUUAAAUGCUUCUGCCGAUUAUACCAACAGAGCACAUGUCACAAGAAUGAAUAAACUGAUUGUGUAUUCCCCCUUCUCUUCAGUUAUGUAAGCUUGCAGCUCAUAUAAAACAGUUGUUAUUG